CGUGCUCUAAGUCGGAAUCGUCUGGUUUCUUGUACAAGUAAAACCCGAUUCUUCCCUUCUCCUCUCUCUCUCUCUCUCUCUGCGCUCUCAAUUAAUCGAAAACGUCUAUCUCUCAAUCCUUCGUGUAUCCUUCUCCUGCCAAUCACUAACCAUGGUGCUCGAGGCGACGAUGAUAUGUAUCGAUAAUUCGGAAUGGAUGCGAAACGGCGAUUACUCCCCCUCCAGGUUUCAAGCUCAAGCUGAUGCCAUUAAUCUUAUUUGUGGAGCUAAAACACAGUCAAAUCCGGAGAAUACGGUGGGAGUUCUCACAAUGGCAGGAAAAGGGGUUCGUGUUUUGGUCACGCCUACUAGUGACCUCGGCAAGAUCUUAGCUUGCAUGCAUGGUUUAGAAAUAGGUGGGGAGUUGAGCUUGGCUGCUGGUAUCCAGGUUGCACAAUUAGCUCUCAAGCAUCGUCAAAACAAAAAGCAGCAACAAAGGAUUAUUGUAUUUGCUGGAAGCCCCAUUAAACAUGAUAAGAAGGCAUUGGAGAUGAUUGGAAGAAGGUUGAAAAAGAACAGUGUUGCACUUGAUAUUGUUGAUUUUGGUGAAGACGAUGAUGGGAAGGCAGAGAAGUUGGAAGCUCUUCUUUCUGCUGUUAACAAUAAUGACAGCAGCCACAUCGUUCAUGUUCCUUCUGGUCCAAAUGCUCUUUCUGAUGUGCUUAUCAGCACACCCAUCUUCACUGGUGAUGGGGAAGGUGGAAGUGGUUUUGCUGCUGCUGCAGCAGCAGCUGCAGCCGGUGGUGUUUCUGGUUUUGAAUUUGGUGUGGAUCCCAACCUUGAUCCUGAACUCGCCCUUGCUCUUAGAGUUUCAAUGGAGGAGGAGAGGGCCAGGCAAGAAGCAGCUGCCAAAAAGGCUGCUGAGGAAGCCUCUAAGCAGGAAAAAGGAGGGGAGCAACCAACUAGCUCUCAGGAUGCAACUAUGACUGAAAGUGCCAGUAUUACAGCUCCUGAAGCUGACAACAAGAGAAAUGAUUUAACGGAUGAAGAGAAUGCGCUCCUACAACAAGCUCUUGCCAUGUCAAUGGACGACCCUGCCUCUAGCCAUGAACUGCGAGAUACUGAUAUGUCAGAGGCUGCUACGGAUGAUCCAGACUUGGCAAUUGCUCUUCAAUUGUCUGUGCAAGACAGUACAAAAGAUUCAGGAAGCCAGACAGAUAUGAGCAAAUUGUUGGCCGACCAGUCCUUCGUAUCCUCCAUCCUUGCUUCGCUUCCAGGAGUUGAUCCAAAUGAUCCUUCAGUCAAAGAUUUGCUUGCUUCCAUGCAAAGCCAGUCUGAGCCCCAAGAAAAGAAGGAAGAAGACAAGCCUAAGGAGGAGGAGAAGUGAUAAUUAUAUGGCGUUGGAUUUUGGUGUCGGAAGGGUUCCUGAACUGAUCUAUUAUCAGCUAAAUCAAAAGAAUGUUCAAAUUUGAAGGGGCAUCACAUCAGGAGUGUUUUAAACAUGUUGGACAUUUGAGCUUUCAUACCAUCACUGGCUUCUGCAUGUACAAUUAAAUCCUCGAGGUCUGAAAGCUAUUUGUUGUAGCUGUUGAUGCUUUAUUUGUGUUUACAAGGGCAGGUUAUUUUGAAUGGCAAAGAAAGUGAUAUUGUUUAAA